AACAUAUUCUUUAAAUAAUUUGUAAAAUUUUUCCUUUUUUGUUUACUUUCAGAUGCUAUCGGUACAGACAGCCGGCUGCGCGGGAAUGGAGCGGCUUGGCGUUCCAACCCGCACCUCAUUAAACACACCGCCCGAUGAUAGGGGUCAAUACAUUUGUAGAAUGCGUUUUGAUGCAGCAAGAGAACUUUUAGCAGUACGUAGCGAAACUGUGAUUCGUGGCAGUAGUAGUAGCAGCAGCAGCAGUACUAAUAAUACUAAUAGCAAAAAUAAUAGCAAUAUAAGUAACAAUCAACAAAGACAACAACAACAACAGCAGCAACAACAACCACAACAAAAUCAUCACACAAAUAAAAUACAUUCCCACCAUCAGCAACAACAAUAUCAUCACAACUACAGUUUGAAUAACUAUCAACGUAUGACGACAACACCCAACAACAGUAGUAGUAGUAGCAGCAGCAGCAGCAGCAGUAGUAGUAGUAACAGUGGUAAUCAUAGUAUUAGCAGCAGUGGCUUUAAUAAUAACAACGCCAAUCAUAGCAGUGGUGGCAGCAACAGCAGCAACCAACACCAUAACAACAACAGUUUUGCCUCAAUGACCAAUAAUAGCAGCAAUGUUGGCGGUAGCAACAUUAGCAGCAGCAGCAGUAGUAGCAGCAGUGUAGCUCGUGGUGGUAUUGAGGCCACCACAUUAAAAUAUGGCAAUACUGGUAGUGGGAGUGGUGGUAGUGGUGGCGGCAGCAGCAGUAUAAGCAGUUCUUGCGGCAGUAGUGGUUCUUGUAGUCUGGCCUGUUCAGUGAGUUCGCAUAGUCACGAUCAUCAUCAGCACUAUCAAUAUCUACCACAACAGCAACAGACUUUAUGUUGUCCCCAUCAUGUACCGCUGCCCGAUAGUGAGUGGACACCCUCGGAACGUUACAGUGCUCCGCUUAGAACCAGUUAUCAACAAUCGGAAAUAACACGCUCCUAUAUCAAGCCACCACCCAAUAAAACAAUUAAAGAUGUUCCAGAUCAUUCCUUGACCGCUGGCCUCUAUUUGGCCAGCAAUUAUUCUAGCACUAGCAGUAGUUCUUCAACCUUACACCAGCAGCAACAGCAACAACAACCAAAAUCAAAACCUAAUGUGAUAACAAAAUUCUUUUAUCGUAAAAGUUCCCCAAAAUCUCCAAAUAAUCUAGCGUCGGGUUCUUCAUCAUCAGUCUCAUCACUAUCAUCCUCAUCCGGCUCCUCGUUAUGCUCAUCACUGUCAUCGGCUUCAACCUGCUCAGCAUCUUCUUCGGGCUCCUCCUUAGCUUUAGGCAGUAAUACGUCCUUAUUGUCCAAUUCAACAGCUUCGGCAACAUCACUAACUACAGCACCACUUAAUACAUUACCCAUAUCAACGGCCUCAUCGCUAAAGACUACACUCUGCAAUUAUGGUCCUACCACCAAUCAAUUGCAACAACACUCAACAAACUCAGGGACAUCAAGCAAUAAUAUAUCGGCUGGUCUAGUGCCCAGUACACAGUUAUUAACAACAAUUGGGGUAUCAUCACCCUCAACGGCAAACACAACAUUCCCUCAAACAUCAACAACAUUACAACAACAUAUGGAACGCAUACCAACGCCACCGUUAUCGGUGACAGUACCCAUAGCCGUUACCUCAUAUCACCACCACCAACAGCAGCAGCAGCAACAGCAGCAACAGAAACAUCAUUUACAUCAACAAUUGCUCUUAGACAGUUUAGUGGGCGAUAGUUCAGUUACCGCUUCCAGUACCCUACAGACUAUUAAGAGUAGUUCAUGUAGUCCUACAUUGGCUGCCUCGACAGCCAUCUGUUCUAAAGAUGAACUCGUCCAUAUGGAAUGUCAAUCGGGCAAUAUAACACGUAAUAAUAGUAAUACAAGUAUGAAAAGUCUAUCGUCAUCGACAUCGUGUAAUUGUCAGAAUAGUAAUUGUAAACAAUGCAACACGUAGUAGGGAGAGUAGUUAGAAGAUAUAAUGGUUAUUGUUUAAUGGGAAAUGAAAAAAAAAAUAAAAUGUUUAUAAACAUUGGAGAGUU